AUGAAGUUUGCACUCACUCUCUACUCGAUUACUCCUACUGUUGCCCAAACAAAAUUUAUUGUUAGAGAUAUAGCAGAAAACAAGGGAAUUCUGUUAAGAUAUCAUCAAGCAUUCCACCAAAUUUCAUUUCGCAUUUUACGUAAUGAUGGAUGUAUUGAUGUACCUAGAACUGUUGAACGAUUGGCUGAGAUAUCUACACACUACGCUUUAGCAGGAGCUGAUGUGAUCGCUCCUUCUGAUAUGAUGGAUGGACGUAGCAGUUAUGUCUUAUUCAGCCAAAUUCGCAUCGUGUCUCUAUGGUCCUUUCAGAGAUGCUGCUCAGUCUGCUCCUUCUUUUGGAGACCGCCGUCACUACCAGCUUCCCCAGGUGCUAAGGGAUUGGCUCUUCGUGCUGCUAUUCGAGAUGCAAAUGAAGGGGCUGAGUUUAUAAUGGUAAAGCCCGGUCUCCCUUACCUGGAUAUUCUAAGUGAGCUACGGCAAUUGCUACCUCAUCAUCCGCUUGCAGUGUAUCAUGUUUCUGGUGAAUACGCAAUGCUUAGACAUGCAGCAAAUGCUGGAGCUAUUGAUUUAAAGCAAGCUGCCCUCGAAAUAAUGACAGCAUUUCGUCGUGCAGGUGCAUCCAUUAUUAUAACAUAUUUGACUCCGUAUCUAUUGGAUCUUGAUUUGUCUGAAGCCUGUAAAUGA